AUGAAGGUAUACACGGAUCAGCAAGCGUCCACCUCACAAGCCACUGUCGACACUUCAAAAGGCCAUCACCGACGUGCCUCAUCAUUAUGGGUACCUCCGUCAAGGCCUAUAUUCUCGAGCCCAACUCAAGUAAUCCGCGAGAAGGCGGAGACGGGUGGACGGAUUCUGAAGCGACAUCGAUGGACACGAUGGCUAUUCGGCAACGAUCUAGUUUUGCCGGCUUAUCGGAUUGUUACACCGAACAAUCAAGCCGAACCACCACCAAGGUACGAACAUCCGAAUCGACGAUAUGCCGAUAAUAGAAUCAGUACUACGAAAUACACAAAUUUAUAUUUCAUAUUUAUUGUUGUAUUGAAUAUGAUAAUUGGAGCGUUUGGGAAGUACAUAUCACUAAUGCCAAUCUCUUUUGUCCUCGGAGUUACAGCUAUAAAAGACGCAUUCGAGGAUUAUCGCCGGUAUAAAUCUGAUCAAAAAGUCAACCAUUCCACAUGCCGUGUUUGGGACUCCAGUAUUUGUUAUGUAGACACUUGUAAUUUGGAUGGUGAAAGUAAUCUGAAACAACGACAAGCCAUUCGUGCUAUGGGAAAGUUUCACAACCCCACAGUACCGUUAAACUUCUCUCCCGAUCAGUUCAUGUACAAGGUAAUUCGCUCAGUAAAUCCUCGUUUUCUCAAAAUGGGGAGGUAUUUAUUCUCAUGCUUGAUUAGGUGUGUUGUGAAGAGCCUACAACAGACGUGUACAAGUUCGAAGGCCGGCUGGAAACCAUGGAUGGCGGUUCGUCGCACUUCUUGUACAUUGCUGUACACAUUUACUUAUUCGUGCUUGAAGAGCAGUCCACCUCUACCGAGGGAGUUCACCAUUUUGGCCAAAGAAAACGUUCUUCUUCGUGGAUGUGUUGUGAAAAAUACUGAUUUCGUCGAAGGAAUAGUACUUUAUGCGGGUCGUGACACUAAGGCCAUGUUGAAUAAUAAUGGACCCCGAUACAAGAGAAGUACAUUAGAACGCUUGACAAAUAUCGAUAUUAUAUGGUGUGUUGUGAUUCUCCUGGCACUCUGUAUUACUGGAGCAGUACUAUCAGGCGUAUGGAUGAGAAGUUUCUCUAACCCAUACAUGAUUCCAUUUUUCACAUGGUCCGAAAUUCCUGGUGGCACGUUGUUUCGUCCUUCCUUCGAGAGUUUUUGGAAUUUCUGGUCCUUCAUUAUUGUUCGCUAUCACUUAUCGACGGAGUUCAUCCGGAAAGAACAAUUGAGAAGACAUAAUAAGGGGAUGGAAGGGUGUAGUGGCGGUAGGGGUCACUAUCCCUUGUGCGGCGUGCAAGUUGAAUCCCAACUAGGUCAAUUCGACUUCUAA